AAAACUACAGAAGCCGAGCCUUCUGACCAAAAAUGGCAAUGCCAAGUACAAGUCUGGAACAUUCAAUGGGCCUGAAACCUGGCGAAGUCGCGACUGGGACCACGAUCAUGGCCGUCGAAUUUGACGGAGGCGUGGUCCUAGGAGCCGAUUCCCGCACAUCCACAGGAACUUACGUGGCCAAUCGUGUGAGUGACAAGCUAACCGCCUUGCACCACCACAUCUACUGCUGCCGGUCCGGUUCUGCCGCCGACACGCAGGCCCUGGCCGACUACGUCCGGUACUUCCUAGCUUCCCAUGCCAUUGACCUGGGACGUACUCCUGCGGUUUACACCGCGGCGAAGCUCAUGUCGACCCUGAUAUACAGAAACAAGGAUAACUUGCUAGCGGGUGUGAUAAUCGGGGGAUGGGACCCGAAGGACGGGGGCCAGGUCUACACGGUCACACUGGGGGGGACGCUGCAGCGACAGAAAUUCUCCAUCGGCGGCUCGGGGUCCACCUACAUUUACGGCCACGUUGACGAGGCCUUCAAGGAGAACAUGACCCGCGAGGAGUGCCAGAACUUUGUCAAGAAAGCCAUCUCACACGCCAUGGCGAGGGACGGA